UCUGUCACAUGCUUUACUUUUCCACUUCUGGCAUUAGUCGACCGUUCUGUUUUUAACGCAAAAUAGAAGAUUAACCUAAUGCCUGAAGUGAGCACACGCGUGUUGACACUGUUGAGUGGGAGUGAUAUUAUCAAAUAAAGUGAUUAAUAAUAAUUCAGUGAAAAUAUAAACAUUAUAAGAACAGAUAACUUGAAAAUUAAGCGUUAGCACCUACAAUUGGAAAACAAAAGUCAUUAAGCCUUUAUAAAUUUAAGUUCACUAUCAACUGACUCAUGUUGGCAUGAACAAGGAUUACAUGCAAAUAAAUGAAAAGUAAAACAAAAAUUAGUUCCUCUUUAUGUUCGUUGAUGGUUCUUGAAACAUAGCCCUCCUACGCUUCUACACUGAUUCGGUGGGAGGAAGAGGAAAAGACGGAGAGCAGGAUGCUGCCUUAUGCACUCUGGCACGCGAGGGAAAAGUAAAAUAGAUGAAGUCCUUUACCCAGUGUUUACAGUUUUCAAGACCUGGCAUUUAUUACAAAAGAAGCUUCUUUGAAACAUACAAAAUGGAAAUUCAGAGAAGCAUUAGUACUGAAAGUUACCCAUAUCGGGUUGCUGUAGCACAGAUGACAUCAGUGUCUGACAAGGAAAAAAACAUGGUUACCUGUGAAGACUUAGUGAAGAGAGCAGUAGCAGCUGGAGCCAAGAUGGUGUUUCUUCCUGAAGCAUGUGAUUACAUUGCUGAAAGUAAAAAUGAAUCUAUAAAGAUGGCAGAAAGUAUUCAUGGGCCUCUGGUUACCAGAUAUUGCAGUUUAGCAUCAUCCUUAGGAAUCUGGCUGUCUUUGGGUGGUCUCCACAUUAAGGAGAAGGAUGAGAAUAGAGUCAGCAAUACUCACAUAAUAAUCAGUGCUAAGGGAGACAUACAAUCUACAUACAAAAAGACACACCUAUUUAGUGUUCAUAUUCCAGAGAAGAAUCUACAUUUGGAAGAGUCAUCAUACAUCACCAGUGGGGCAGCAAUACAACCUCCAGUAAUGACACCUGUUGGAAAAGUGGGACUGGCUAUUUGUUAUGAUAUGAGGUUUCCAGAAUUAAGUUUAAUUCAAAGAAGACUCGGAACACAGAUACUAACAUAUCCUUCAGCUUUCACGGUAACAACAGGCCUCGCACACUGGGAAACUAUCUUAAGAAGUCGUGCAAUAGAAACGCAAUGUUAUGUAAUUGCAGCCGCACAGACUGGACAACAUAAUGAAAAGAGAUCAUCUUAUGGUCAUUCUUUGAUUGUAGAUCCUUGGGGUAAAGUAUUAAGUGAAAUUUCUGAAGGCACAGGCAUUGCUGUUGCAGACAUUGAUUUAAGUUACUUAGAGAAAAUUAGAAAGGACAUGCCUGUUGUUAGACAUCGACGCUCAGAUUUAUACCAUCUCUAUGAACUACCACAGCCGGGUAGCUUAAGAGUUUGUGAUAUCUUACCCAUGCCCUCCUCACAUGUCAGUUACAAAUUUGGAAGUGUGUCUGUUCCUGGGUCUUGUGUCUUUCUGAAGUCAUUACAUUCACAGGCAUUUGUGAAUAAAAAGCCAGUUACUCCUGGACAUGUUCUUGUAACACCAGAAAGACCUGCUAAAAGGUUUCUAGAUUUAACUGCAAGUGAAAUUUGUGACUUGGUCCAGUUAACACAAAUAGCUCUUGAAAUAAUCAUUCAGGAAUAUGAACCAGAGAGUAUUCAAGUAGCUCUCCAAGACGGUCCAGCAGCUGGUCAAACCAUUGAGCAUGUCCAUAUGCAUGUUGUGCCUAUGAGUACAGCUGCCAGAAGAAAGCUUCAAGACCAUGAGAUUUCUGGCCAAUGGAGGGACUUACAAGUAAUGGAAGAGGAGGCGAGUAAGCUUCGUCUGAUAGCAAUAAAUAGCAGAUUAUCUUUGUUGGACAAACCACCUGUUAUUUUUGAAUCCUUUGGAAUUACAGAUGCUACAUUGCAAAAUGAAAUUCAGGAGCAACUGCAUAUUCCAGAGAAGUUUGCAGUAGCAAAAUCAAAGUAUUCAUGUUCUUUUAUUGCACCAAAGCCAGUCCUUGAUGGUCAUGUAUGCGUAACCACGUUACAAAAUUAUCCUUCACUGAGGGAGGUGCCUGCAGAUGUCUUAACUGAUUUGUUCCUGCAUGUUCAGCAGAUACAGAAGAAUAUUGAGUGUAUUCAAAAGGCAAACUCUUCAACUGUGGUCAUUCUUCAAGAUCUUCAAGCCUGCAAUUAUCAGCAUCUUCAAAUACAUGUUAUUCCCAGGGUCGAAGGAGACUUACCUUGCAGUGAUGAUAUUUAUGGUGCUGUUGAACACAUUCAUCUGCAGUCAAGAGAUUGGUUAGAAUCAGAGCAGUUGCUGUUACUUGCAGACACAUUGAGAAAUGAAAUUUUCAAAAGUGAAUGAAUAACCUUUAAACUUUUUUCUUAUAUUCACCUUAUUUCCCAUUUUAUGUAAAAAUAAACAGUAAUGUGUACUGGUAAUUAAUAAAUGUUUACAUAUAGUAUAUAUAAUAUAUAUAUCAAAACUGCAUUCAUAAUUGUCAUUUGAAACAAAUGAUUAAACCUUUGAAUGAAAUGUU